CGACACUAAAGAAAGAGGGGACCAGAAAGGAUUGUAGUGGUGGUAGCAAUAUAAGGCGCAACGAGUGGCGGGCCUCAGCCAGUCCGUGAACGGUACCUACACCUUCAAGGUCCGCGUCCUUGAAGGCCAUCGACUCUAACCCUCGGAUAUACGAUCAUCUUCAGCUGGUAUCGUCGACCUUAGAUCCUUUCGAGCGCCUGCGAGCGCCUCUAACGACGAUCCUUAAAUACCCCUACAAAAUCAUCUACAUAACUAACCAUAUUCAUUUUUGUAAUCAAAUCAAAUAUUUAUUUCAUUUCUUGCAAAUCUCAAUUGCUUCACUUCCGAAAAGUGAUCGUGUCGGACAAAAAAGGGACGACAAAGAACUACGAGAAAUAUUAGUAACACGAAAGAGAAACAAAGAGUCACGUGAUAAUAGCUUGUGAAAUUAAAAGGACAAGAUUUUCGUAGAAAGGAAAAAAGAAAAAAAAUUAACUGUGUGCUUUAGAUAUCGAGGAUGAAGUCCUCGUUGAUUCUGUUCUUCGCGGUGGGAGUCAUCACUUAUACCGAGGGCUUUACUCGAGUUAAGAGACAAGAAGACAAGAAGGAAGAAAGUUUCGAGAACGAAAUCUGCAAGGAAAAAGAGGCAGGAGAAUGGUUCAGGUUGGUAGCCGGUGAGGGCGACAACUGUCGUGACGUUAUUCAGUGUACGAGUUCCGGUCUCCAAGCUAUUAGAUGCCCGGCUGGACUCUACUUCGAUAUCGAGAAACAAACAUGCGAUUGGAAGGAUUCGGUUAAUAAUUGCAAACUUAAAAAUAAGGAGAGGAAAUCGAAACCCCUUCUCUAUACCGAGGAACCACUCUGCCAAGAUGGAUACUUGGCCUGUGCCGAUCAAUCUUGUAUAGAGAGAGGUCUGUUCUGUAACGGUGAAAAGGAUUGUACAGAUGGAUCUGAUGAAAAUAUUUGUGAUAUGGACAAUGACCCAAACAGCGCCCCUCCUUGUGACCCUGCUGUUUGCGUACUUCCGGAUUGCUUCUGUUCCGAAGAUGGAACAAGUAUACCCGGAGAUCUCCCGUCCAAGGACGUGCCGCAGAUGAUUACGAUAACCUUCGACGAUGCCAUCAACAACAACAAUAUCGGCCUCUACAAAGAGAUCUUCAACGGAAAACGCAAGAAUCCUAAUGGUUGCGACAUCAAGGCCACCUUCUUCGUCUCUCAUAAAUACACUAAUUACUCGGCCGUGCAAGAGAUGCACAGGAAAGGCCAUGAAAUUGCAGUACACUCGAUCUCACAUAAUGAUAACGAGCGUUUCUGGUCGAACGCAACGGUUGAUGAAUGGGCUAAAGAAAUGGCUGGUAUGAGAGUUAUAGUUGAGAAAUUCGCAAACAUCACUGAUAACACUGUUGUUGGCGUCAGAGCACCUUACCUUAGAGUAGGUGGUAACAAUCAAUUCACGAUGAUGGAAGAGCAAUCCUUUUUAUAUGAUUCGACGAUUACCGCGGCACUUAACAAUCCACCACUUUGGCCUUACACUAUGUACUUCAGGAUGCCUCAUCGUUGCCAUGGAAAUCUUCAGCAUUGUCCAACGAGAUCGCAUGCUGUCUGGGAAAUGGUGAUGAACGAAUUGGAUCGUCGUGAAGAUCCCCAGAACGAUGAAUAUCUCCCUGGUUGUGCUAUGGUCGACUCUUGCAGCAACAUCUUGACCGGAGAUCAAUUUUUAGACUUUCUUAAUCACAAUUUCAAUCGUCACUAUCAACAAAAUCGCGCACCUCUCGGUCUCUAUUUCCAUGCCGCCUGGUUAAAGAACAAUCCUGAAUUCCUCGAUGCUUUUCUUUAUUGGAUCGAUGACAUAUUGGAAAACCAAAAAGACGUUUACUUUGUAACAAUGACCCAAGUAAUCCAAUGGAUCCAGAAUCCCCGUACUAUAUCAGAAUCGAAAAAUUUCGAGUCAUGGAAAGAGAAGUGCGUCGUUGAUGGGCCACCAGCUUGUUGGGUUCCUCACACUUGUAAAUUGACCGCAAAAGACAUUCCCGGGGAAACAAUAAACCUUCAAACUUGCGUACGUUGCCCUAACAAUUAUCCUUGGAUCGAUGAUCCUACAGGCGACGGUUUUUACUUGUAAACGGGUAUUGUCUCCUCGUUCCUUCUUCUCGUCUAAGUCAAUUCUUCUACCCCAUUUUUUUUUUCUUCUUACGUUCGUCCCUAAAUAUUCGCCGCGUCCUAAUUAACUCGUUCCGAGUCUAACGUUUCUUGCCUUUUCCAAACUUCGUUAUGGAACGAGUGGCUCAUGGACGAUCGCCGACUGACCUGCGUUUUGUUAUAACUUUUAUUCCAAAAUCAACGAUCACGAAAUCAUAUUAAAUCGAUUAACGAUUGUAAAAAAGGACGUUCUUUUUUUAAAAUCCCGAAAGAAAGAGAAUGAUAGAUAAAAAUAGAAAGAUUGAUAAUCUUUCGAUCGGGCAACGUUUGAAACGCGCGUCAGCGCCAGCGAUCUGUGAUAAAUCCUCGAACUCGUAUCCUUGUGAUUUUUGGGAAGACAAAGACCAGGAUAAAUGACGGCGACGAAGACGAUGACGAGAGUAUUCGCGGAAUUCCAGCCACGUCGGCGACGCUAACAUCAUUUCUUUCCUCCCACCCUUAUUCUUGUUCUUU